AUGUCAAACUGGCGGAUUGAUAACACGUUGUGGCGUAGUGGGGCUUGCCCUGUGGUUGCUGCUGCCAAGACCCCUGGUGACCUGUGGCCGCCGUCCCUCUCGCUGCAUGACCUCCCAAGCUUCCAGUUGCGUGUUGAGGCUCACCUCCAGGACAAUUUGCAAAGGACGUCACCGAUUGCUCUUUGUCGCCAUCUUUUCCCGCCGAGUCCGUUGUGUCUUCUGACCAUCCCGACACGCCCGCCGCCGUCGAGUUUCUCCCCGCCGGUGCCGCUGCAACCUAGAACACGACGCUUUGAUUACGCAGUCCCUGGAUUCCUAGGAAGCGACCAUUGCUUCCAGGUUGCUCUCUGCUCUGCUGCUCUUGCAACCCUAACCUAA